GGAAUGAGUCCUUUGUCCCCGUAUUUAAAUUUGGACCCCAGGUAUCUAGUACAGGAUACAGAUGAAUUUAUCUUGCCCACAGGAGCCAACAAAACCCGAGGCAGGUUUGAGCUGGCCUUUUUCACCAUUGGGGGAUGCUGUAUGACAGGGGCAGCAUUUGGUGCGCUGAAUGGUUUGCGACUUGGCCUGAAGGAGACACAGAAUAUGGCAUGGUCAAAACCUAGAAAUGUACAGUAA